AUGGCUCCGAAUUUUAGGAUUGUCGGGUCAUUGGCAGAGUUGUAUCCGGCAUCGAAGCAGACAGUCCCAGAGUCUUCAACUGCCUUGUGGAAAGAGCGCCGGGUCCAACAGAGAUGGCUGUUAAACUCCCACCCCGAAGCCUUUGUAGGUGGUGCUACAGAAUUGGGUGAUUACCUGAAAGAGGAUAUGGAACGAUUUGAGAAAUCGGAAGACAGCGAUAAUGACGGACCUCUUCUUGCUGUCGGCGAGAUGAACGAUGUGAGAACUCCCUCCAGGUUCAAGGGAACACCACUGCUGGCAGUGGCCACCGGAGAAUCCGGUGCACGGCUGCGGCUGACGAGGAUGGUCGAGUCUCAGUGGCGGUGGGGUGAUAACAAGGAUGCGAUUCUCAAUCUCUCAGUUGUUGACUCUAUACAUAAGGAGGAGGAGACGAUAUGGCCAGGCGACGGCUUACCCAUUAUGAAGAUCAAAUUUGCUACAGCUUACUGGCAACAAGGCUCGGUGCGGUGGCUUCUGGUCCAAAGCCAAACUUCCGUUACCAUCUUGAGUCCUGAAUAUCAUCGAAACCCAUUGCCAGAUAGCACUAGAUCGGGUUCUCAGUCACAGCCGCCGUCUUUUAUUGCGCCAAAUCCUUUGAUCACACUGCAUCAUCAUCAGACAGGUGGCAAUGCCUUCUCUGAUGUUUGCUUCAAUCCGCCAUCCAUUGGAUCUCCGCCACAGAUAGCCAUCAUUGACGAAUGUGGUUAUUGGAGUGUCUGGAGUCUACAAGGUACUUGGCAAGUAGCCAAGAAGACCCUGCGGCUGUCAUUGUACAAGUGCGGCCACAUAUGUGAGGGUGUUAUUGGAACAAUCCCGAGUGUGUCCAGUUAUCAAGCUCAGAGGCAUGGCAUGCUACAAAUUGGACGAACCGAUGGAGACGAAUCGCCCAAUGUCACCUCCAGGCGUGCGGAAUACAUCGAACCGACUCUUGGUCAUUCUCACCAUGUCCUAGUGUGGAACUCGGAACGCAUCUCCCUCCUGGACCUAGAUAGCGACUCCGUUUUGCCGCCUUCAGACAUCCUGUCAUCGCAGUCAAGAAAAAAGCCAAUUUGUAUUCUUGACAUUCAGAAAAGCCCAAGCAACGAAAACCACGUAUUCGUCCUGACCACUCGUCAGGUCAUCUGGCUAGAUUUAUUUCCCGAGGGUACAGAGCCCGGAACUACCGCUCAACCGAAAACUCUACUCGCUUGCUCUCAUAUCGGCUUUUGGAAUGCAGACUGCAAGAUGUCUGUUUGCAAGGUGUCAGAAAAUGAACCAGAUGGCAGCAUGGUCUUUGUUUUCUCACCUUUCGCAGAUCAGCUGACCGUGUACUGGUUCAACUUUUCUCCAGAUACGGAGCUCCCGCAAUGGCACCGUCACAUCACUUCUUUGUCCGCAGGAAGCAAAGAGCGGUCACUAAGCAAAGCGCAGUCUAUUAGGGUGCAGCCUGCAGAGCUUGAGUUAUCGGCUGCAGGUGAUGAAGCUGGGCCAGGGACGGAAUAUGCCCAUGCAGACACAAAGUUUUAUCAGAUCACGGUCCUUGAUAGAGACUUGGGUGUGCGAUACUGCAUAUGCGCCUCCUCCAUUGAUCCGUCGCUUGAAAUAAGUCUGCCUACGUUCCGUAUUGGUUGGACUAAAUCAGCAAAUCGUCGACGCUGGAAGCGGAGGAGAAAUCGUUUCUUGCACCACAUGAUGGAAGCCUUCGUGCUGCCCGACGGCAUGACGGACAACGACUUGGAUUCUGUGCUUCAGGAGCAGAAAUCCAGACCAAAUGAUGACGACACCUCUGGCGAAGUCAUGAUAGUUUCGACGCUCGAAAAACCGCUCGACUAUGGGGAGCCUGGCGAAGGGAUGGAAGCUGAGAUUGAAGGUAUACUGGGUAACACAGAUGAACGUGUGGUUGUGACGCAACUGAGGAGACAAUAUGCAGAUGAACCACCAGGUUCUCUUCUUGGUUAUCCCUUAUUAAUGGAAAAAUUUUCUGAACUGUGGCUCACGGCGGUAGCAGACUCCCUACCAGAUGAGAUGCAAGCGAUUCGAAAAAUCUGGGUGGCGGAGAUUGCUAGAGCCUUUUUCUUGUCCAGCUACGGCGUCAUGGUGCAGAAUGUUCCCCUCAUGGGACCGAGCGGUUACGAGCCUGUGGAAGAGAGUCAUAUGGACAGUGUCACGCCACGUUCUUCCAGUCAGUUACCGUAUUCCAGCCAAGAAAUUGCCUCAUCAUCGCAAGCCUCUGUUUCAGCAGAUGAUGUUCCCGAUGCUUCCUUCCAGCGGCUCAAGCUUCUCACGCCAACCAUCAAAGAAGGGACCCUGGGUUCGCUCAAACCGCCCAAGGUUCUUUCCUACUGGCCUGCAGAGCGUGGCGUCGACACUGAGAACUACGUUUCUAGUGUCGCAGUUGCAACAGAGGAGAAGUUCUCUCACGCCAAACGGCGUCUGCAGAGAAUCGAAGCCAAGAGAAAGGCACAGUCUGAAAAAUUCAAGCGCCCUGCGUUCAUGCGACAAGGCUUCCCAGCCAGUGAUGGCCUGGGCGAAGAUGCCUCAAGUAUGGACAUGCGACCGCCCCCAGUGCAAGCAAUGUCUAGUCAGCAGCGCAUCCCGGACUCGUCGCAGUCUUUUGGUGUUUCGGGGCCCUCUGUGACAAUGAGUCAGCCGGUUUCUGGUGCUUUUGGAGAUAGAAAGAAGGUUAAGAAGGGGAAAAGGAAAAGUGGGUUCAGAUAA